AGAGGUGGUGAGUUGAAGCAAAUAAUGCAUAACAUUGGAUUGUACGAUUGUGGAAGAUUGGACCCAUUUGCAUUGCAGUCGAAGGCAUCCUAUAUGUCAUUCGUGUAUGAUCCAGCUCAUGGUGGGUACGGCAUGCCAAAUGGUUUGUUUCAUCAUCGAGUUUCCGCUGAAAAAGAUAUGGAGUUUGAAAAAUUGGAUUUGGCGUUUGGUUUGGGAAAGCUUGAACCGUUGAAGUGGUCAACAUGGAGAGUUGAA